AUGUCUGCCCCGCCCCCUCCUGGUAUGGCGGAAGUCAUAGUUCCGGUACUCGACGGAGAGAAAAAAGCGGCCACUGAACAACAAAUUGACCCUUGGAACGUUGAAGCAGGGCAUGAUGAGCAAGGAAAUACUCUUGCCAUUGAUUAUGUGGCCAUUUCACAGAAAUGGGCGACCAAAUUAAUAGACGACGAGCUCCUUCAGCGCUUCGAACGCCUUACGGGCCACAAGCCACAUCGCUGGUUGAGACGCGGUCUCUUCUUUUCGCAUCGCGAUUUUGACCAUAUCCUCAACAAAUACGAAGCGGGGGAGCCUUUCUUCAUGUACACUGGGAGAGGCCCGUCAACUGAUGCGCUGCAUUUGGGUCAUACAAUUCCCUUCUCGUUUACAAAGUGGCUGCAGGAUGUAUUUGAUGUCCCACUGGUGAUUAUGCUUACAGACGACGAAAAGGCCCUCUUCAAGGAUAAUCUCAACUUCGAAGAUACCCAUAAAUUUGGAUUGCAGAAUGCGAAGGAUAUAAUCGCUUGCGGAUUUGACCUUAAGAAGACUUUUAUAUUCAGUGAUCUGGAUUAUGUUAAAGGUCACUUUUUAAUGAACGUUUGGGAAUUCUCAAAGCUCGUAACCUUCAACCAGGUUCGAGGAGCUUUUGGGUUUAACGAGAGCACGAAUAUUGGUCGGAUAGUGUUUCCAGCGGUGCAAUGUGCGGCCGCAUUUGCAACAUCAUAUCCAGAAAUCUGGUCCGAUAACCCGCCAACAGAGCGGACGAAGGCUAUAGGGAAAAUCCCGUGCUUAAUUCCGAUGGCUAUUGAUCAGGACCCAUAUUUCCGGCUCGUACGUGACAACGCUUCUCGUAUGCGAUAUCCAGGGCCAAAGCCUGCUUUAAUCCAUUCCAAAUUCCUUACCGCUCUGCAAGGCACUGGGGGCAAAAUGAGCGCAAGCGAUCCUAACUCUGCAAUUUUUAUGACGGAUACACCAAAUCAGAUCAAGAAUAAAAUCAACAAGCACGCAUUUAGCGGAGGAAGAGACACUGUAGAAGAGCAUAGGAGAUUAGGCGGCAACCCUGACGUCGACGUUUCGUUCCAGUACCUCUCAUACUUCGAAGAAGAUGACGAGAAACUUAAGCGGAUAGAGGAAGGGUAUCGGAAAGGAGAGAUUCUGACGGGAGAGUUGAAGAAAAUGGCCAUUGAUCUGCUGCAAGAGUAUGUGGCAGAGUUCCAGCAGCGGAGAAAACAUGUCACGGAUGAGCUUUUGAAGCAGUAUAUGACUCCCCGGAAACUGGAGUGGAAGGGAAAUCCCAACCCCAAGCCCAAGGAGGUCAAACCAAAGGAUACAAAAUCGAAAGAAUGCAAGGAAAAGACGAACGCGAAAAAAGCAGGAUGA